GUCGUGUUCUUGGGUUCACUCUGCUUUGAGCUGGUGAACGCGAAUCACGCGCCUCUCUCGAUCAUCUCUUCCUGUCGAGUCUUUCUUUUUUUUUCUCUAAAUAAAAAAAAAAAAAAAUCAUAAAUACACACAAACAUAUUUCGAAUUCUAGACUCUUCCUAGUUCUCACGGCAUUACCUUCUUCUAUUGCUAUAUACUAGGUUGAAAACCCACUUUUCAACAAACGCGCCGUUAAUGUCGCGUUGACUCCGUUCCCUCUUCAUAUACAAUAUUACUAUACAUAAUAUUAUCUCCCGUGUUUUCUCAAUUUACCGUUCGAAAAAGCCUCUUCUUCAUUUUUCUCCAUUCUUGAAUUUUAUCCAGUUCAUAGUAAAAAAAAAAAAAAAAAUCAUUUCUGAUUAUUCUUCUAAAAACAUUUAUUCAAAAAACGAAAACAAUCUCAAAAAAUUAUUUUUCACGACAUAAAUAUCUGUCGAAUGUCUUUUAAAUUAUUGAAUUCUCUCUAUAUUCCAAGUAGAGGAAUCAUCAUGCUCGUGGAUCAAAGGGUCGAUGAAACUCAACUCGGUGAGAAGGGUGGUUGGAGCUGUGAAACAACGUAAAUCUUCCCCGAGAGGAUUUUUCAUACACACACACACACACACAAAGAAAACUUGACUUUAAAGAGAUUGAAAACAAUUCAAAAAAAAAAAAAAAAUUCCGUCCCAAAGAAAAAAAAGAAUCCCAAAAGUUAUUUCAAAUCGAGGGAAGACGGGAGAAACGGCCGAGAUGGAAUCGCCUUUGGCCGAGGACUGUGUCGUCAACGCGGCCCAAGAGGAUUCCACCUCAGUGAUGAAUCCUGAAGGAGCAAGUGAAAUCUUACCAACAACAUCCGUUAACAAUGAGAUCAUCAUUAAUGACAAGACGACAUCAACUGCUAUUACAAAUGAGAUGAUUUCUAAAAUUUCCUCAGAAUCAUCAGAAUGCGAUGAAAAUUCAUCAACAACAAACGAAAAGGAGAAUUUGUCAACAAAAUUGGAAAUCAAUGAAACUUCAGAGAAUGAAUUAUCAAAAAAUAAUGAUAAUGUUGAUGAAAAUAAUGAUAAUAGUGAUAAUAAUAUGAAAUCAUUGCAAGUCUCGCGUAAAAGACCAGCUGCUGAUUUUCUUCCAUUAAGUGGUGAAAUUAAAAAAAUUGGCGUCGAAAUAUCCGAGGAACAGGCACAACAAUUGAAAAAUGAGGUCAGAAGACUCUCGCCUAUACACGUUAGUCUUCGUGAACGUACUUUAGGUGAAAUUUCAUUAAUAUCCACCGAACCUCGUGUUUUUGUUGAUGACAAUAUUAGAAUUUUAAAGAAAAAUAAUGAUGAAGAAAUGGAAUGUUUGAAAGUCACUAAUCAAAUUGACACGAGAUCAGAAAAUUCAAAUAAUGAUAGUUAUAAUUCGCGAGUGGAAAAUUGUGUUAAAGUGACGGAAACAUGUGUUAUUAAUAAUAAUGAUGAUGAUGAUGAUAAUAAUCAAUCGGAGAAAAAUAGUUCGACGACAGAUUUAAAUUGCAGUGCUGUUGAUUUUGAUGAAAGUACAACAACAAUAGAAAAUACAAAAGGACUUCGUGAAUUAGUUCUUGUACUAUCAAGGGUGGACGCAAUAGAACAGAAAAAUAAUAGCAAAAAUAAUAAUAAUAGUGAAAAAAUUGAUGAGGUUGCAAAUUGUUUAGAUAAAAUGAAAAAUAAUGAGAAAGAAAAAAUUAGUGAACCUGAAAUUGAUUCUUCUAGGACAUUGACUUCGACUGAGGAAGAAAGUAUUGGUCUUGUAAUCGAGAGAUGCGUCUGUUAUGUCCAUGAACAAUCAUCAUCAUCAUCGUCGUCGUCGUCAGAAAAAAAUGAAUUGUUUUUAGUUGAGAAAUUAGAAAAGAAAGAAGAAUUAACUAUUGACGAUAGAAUGACGACUAGAAAAACGAGUCAAAUAUGGGAGAGUAAUAAUGUGAUUGAAAAAAUUGAGGUGGAUGAGGAAAUUAUUUUUUCCAAUUCCACACUUGGAAUUGAUGAUAUUCAAACAACGGUGUUGAACGUUGGUGAAAAUCCUUUGGAAUUGGAGACAAUUGGAUUGACCUCAAGUGAAAUUCAAGUGGCUGUUGAUACUGAGGAAACGGAAACAACAGAGACUGGUUCAGAUAGUUCGGAAGUUGUCGCGUCAAUGAAUGCAGUUCAAUUUAGUGUUGACCAUCAUAAUCAUCAUCAUCAUCAUCAUGUUAUUUCUAAUCAUCAGAUUCCAUGCACAGAGAAUGAUCCACUUAUUUGUGAUGAUAUUACGCCAGAUAUUAUGACACGUUUGGAACCGGAAAGACCGGAAGCAUUCACUGAGGAUUCUGCUGAGAGUCUUGCCCUUGCUACAGGUUCAAGGGAUGAGGUCAGAUCAGAUGGAAGUGAUUCGGGACUUGGUAGCGAGAUUCCUGGUGAUUCUGGACAAGCACCAGCUCCUGAAAGUGAUUCUGAGACAUCAUUCCUCGAUAGGAUACCUGAUGAAAUUUUGUCGGAUAAAGAUAAAACUGUAAAUCAAUUGGAAACCUAUGUCCCCGACGUGAACGGACAGUGCAUACCACAAACGUCUCUUCCAACUUUUCGAAGUCCUUCAAAGAGUAAUCUAAAGCGUAGAUUAGUUGAUUGCAUGGAGGGUGAACCAAAUGCAAAGAGAACAAAUGCAGAUGAACCACCAAAAAAGAAACGUAACAUCCAAUUCGAUGCGGUUACCGUCUAUUAUUUCCCUCGGGCUCAAGGAUUCACUUGUGUACCUUCUCAGGGUGGUAGUACACUUGGAAUGAGCGCGACUCACACUCAUGCCGAGCGAUUUUCAUUAUCGGAACAUGCAACUGAACAAAGGCGACUUCAUCGAGCAAGAUUGGCGCAAUUACGUACUGAGCGUGCCGCGAACCGAGUGGCGGAAGCUGCAUCAAGCUCAGAGGAUCCAAGUGACGACACCGAUGAGGAACCAAGCGACGCCGAGGAACUCGAUAUUGACAGCUAUUAUUUUUUGCAACCUGUACCAACAUGGCAGAGACGUGCACUUCUUCGGGCAGCUGGCGUUCGACGAAUAGACGCCGUUGAGAAAGAUGAAUGUCGCGAUAUUAGGGCAAGUCGCGAGCACUGCGGUUGCGGAUGCAAGGGCUACUGCGAUCCCGAGAGCUGUCCCUGUAGUCGAGCCAAUGUCAAGUGCCAGGUCGACCGAGCAGGAUUCCCUUGCGGAUGCUCUCGAGACGGUUGUGCAAACAGUUCUGGUAGAAUCGAAUUUAAUCCUGUCCGCGUAAGAACGCACUUUAUUCACACUUUAAUGCGUUUAGAAUUGGAAAAAAAGCAACGCGACGAAGAGCACACCGAUCCAGAUUUGAUGGAGAAUAAUCAUCAUAAUCAUCAUAAUCAUCAUCAUCAUCAACAACAACAACAACAUCAUCAUCAGCAUCAUCUUCAUCAAGAUCAAGGAACAGGACUUCGCGAUGUUUCCUUAGGAUCUGUGAUUGAUAAUUCAGCGGAAACAUGCAUGAAUGGAGGUGGAUUUACAACACUUCAUUACGAGAGUCACGAGAGUGUUGUAUCAUCGUGUCAAGGUGGUGGUGGCGUCGGUAGUGUCACGGGCGUGAGGGAGGAUAGCUUGGAUUUAUACGCGAUUAGAGAUGAUUGUUAUUCGAGCGAGGACGCGGUAGAUUCUUCGCAGAAUUCACAACAACGUAAACUUCAUCCCGAAUUUCAUCAAACUUUCCAAACUUUUCCUGGUCAUCCAAAUUCCUUUCAACAAAAUACAUAUGCCGAUUAUCAAACUUAUCAGAAUUUACCAUCAACGUCGCGAGGAACGCCAUUUCAACCGCAAUUUCCCGUAACCAGUGGCGGUGGUGGCAAUAAUUCUGGUUUUUCUUCACAUUAUAGUGGAUAUGCAACCGAUCUUGGUACAAUGCAACUUAAUAAUUGUCAAACGCAUACGGGACAACAUUCGACAACAACUGGUUAUGAAACGACUUUCGCUCAAGAUGAUGUGACGGGCUCACAAUAUACAAAUUUAAAUUCUGUUCAGCCAAUGAAUGCAGUUGUUCAACAAAUGGGUAAACUCGAGCCAUUUUCCGAAUUAUUGGCUGGCAGAUAUUCUUAUUACGGUGAAUUAGAUCCACAAAGUCAUGGAAAUUAUCAUGCUAAUAAUGGAACGACAAAAAUCGAGACUGAAAAAAUUGAAACGAUCAACGAUCAGCAAUUGGAAAAUUCAGAGGAAUGCGAUGAAAAUUUCGGUGAAAUUAUUAAAAAAUCAAUGGUUGAGACUGUCUCAGCUUAAAACAUCAGCGACGAUUUAUUAAAUUCACUGAUCAAUUAUUAUUAUUAAUGGCUCAUAAUCAAUUGAGAUGCAAAAUCAUCAAAUUUUUAUUGUCGGAAAAAUUUUAUUUAAAAAAAAAAAAAAAAAAAAUUGAAAUUUAUAUAAUCGUAGGGACUAUUUAGCAAAAUUUUUAUCUAGUCAAAUUUUGUGACUGGUAUUUGAAUUUUCAUUUACCAAAAUUGAAAUAUUUAUUAUUUAUGUAAAUUACAUAAAUUGUCAUUGAUUUUUUUUUCUUUAAAACAAAUAUUUUGUUUUACUGAAUUAUCUUAUUUUUUUUAUUAAAUUAAAUUAAUUUUUUGAAUUUAAUUUAAUUGUAGCAAAAAAAAAAAAAAAACGAUAAUUCAGUCAAAUAAAAACUGAAUGUUCUAUUAAAUGAAUUUUCGGUCAAAUACAAAUGCUCGUAUUCUACCAAAUAGAAAUUUAAAAAAAGAGAUUUUUCUGACAAAUGAAAUUUGAUAAAUAUUCAAUCAAUUGAUGAUAGUUAAUAAUCAAUCGAUAGUUGUAAAUCAUAGUUCGAAAUCAAUAUUGAGAAGUUCAAAAUCAAUUGAUUGUUCACAAUUGAUCAUUUUCAAAAUCAAUUGAUAGUUCAAAAUCAAUUGAUAGGUUCAAAAAUCAAUUAUAACUUCUAAACUUUUGAUAGUGUAAAAUCAGUUGAUUAUUCAAAAUGAACUGAUGAUUCACUUUCGAUAAAUUGAUAAUUCACAUACACAUACACACACAAACACAGUUGAUAGUCGAUAAUUUAAUUAAUCGUUCGAGUCCGUCGAACUUGAAAAAUAUAUAUUUUUCGAUCGGCUACUGAGAACCGAUCUGCGUUACCACAAAAUAAAAAAAAAAUAAUAAAAAAAAAAUAAAUAAAUAAAACUUUCGAUUCCGAUGAUCGUAAAGUUGAUGACAAAAAUGUGUUAUCAAAAAUCUUCCCGAAAUAGAGAAAUAUCUUUGAUGUCCUCGUUUUGAAUUUGAAUUUUCUGCGUCAUUUGAUCGAAUAAUGAGGAUAAUUUUACAGAAAAAAAAAUGUCGAUUAGGAUAGUAUCAAUUUUAAGACUUCGAGGAGCUGCAAUUUUUUGACGACACUAUAAUAUUAAUUAUAUUAGAAUGGAUACAAAACAAACAAACAAAAAAAAAAAUGGAAAUGAGUCAAUGCGGUUGUGACCAAACUAAAAUAAAAAAAAAUACAUGGGAUCAGCUUAGAGUGCAGUUUGUCAUAAUAAACUUAAAUAUUUAUAGUAGAUCAAUCAGAUUGCGUACAUUGUUCAAUUUCGUCGAAUUUAUGACGAUUUUUUUCGAUUGCGUAUACAAGUUGACACAAUUGACGUCUAGGCGAUGCCAUUCAAUGAGAAUAUAUACACAUUAAUGAUAUUCUUGCAAUCUUGAUGCAUAUUAUUAAAUAUGCAUUCGUAUUUUUCUUUUUUUUUUUUUUUAUGGAACUUGACAAAAUUUAGAAUUGUUCAGUGCGUUGUGGAUUGCGGAAAAAUUUUUAUAAACCGACAAGAAAAAUAGAACAUGCGAAAAAUAUGUAAAGUUUUUCUGCCUAUACUAUUAUGAUUAUUAUUAUUAUUAUUUACGAUUAUUUACAAUUUAUUUAGAAGAAGGGCAAUUAAAGCUCAUUAAGAAUGUUUUCGUUAAAUGAUAAUGCGAGAAAUAUUUGGAUUUCUUUGUCUCGUUUCUUUACUUUGUAUCACAAUUAAGUAUUAUGUUUAUCAAUGUCUUUAUUUAAAAAGUAUUUUUUUAAUUUUUUCUUUUUUCGAGGUAUUUAAUUUAUUAUACAAAUUUUUUUUGGAUUUAUUUAUUUAUUUUUUUCUUUUUUUUUGAUAAUUUUUUUUCGAAAAGUAAAUUUGAAAUUUCUGUAAUGAAAGGCGAAAAUAAAAAGAAAAAAAGUGCGAAAUUAUAAAUUAUUUGACAAAAAGUGUGGAAAUAGCGACUGGAUGAGCCUGAUUGGUGGUGGUUGGUUGCCUUGUAUUGUUUUUCUAAAUAUGCAAUCCUCGUUCCUUCCGUGCGUUUUCAAUGCAAAUCUUUUUAGUAAUCAUGGGACGUCGAUCGCUAAAUCCACGAUUAAUCGAAGCACUACGCGUAUAAGAAAUUAAUUAUAUGAUAGUAUUAAAUUUAUACAUAUAUUAUAUAAAAAAAAAAAAAAUAAAAUAAAAUUACGGACGUGUCAGCUCCGGAGCAUUUUUGCAGGUAUUUUUGUUAUUCAUAAUUUUUUGCGCGCAUUCAUUGUCCGCCCGUAUUUCUUAUUUUUUUUCUAUUUUUGUUUCUUGUUUUUUUUUAAGAAAAUUAAAAAAAAAAAAUAGACGGGUCGGUAUGUAAAGGAAUAAUAACCAAGUUUAUAGAUGAGUCUUUAGUUGGGAUCAGCGAGGUGGAUCCAUUUUAUGAUGUUACACUUUGCGAAGGAUGCGACACCUCCAUACGACGUAAAUUAUACAAAAUAUACUACACGUAUGUAAGUUACUUUUAGAAUAUUUGAGUAAAAAAACAUACAUAGUUUAUAGCGUUUUAUUAAAUGUUGUGAAAAAGUCA